AUGUUUCACGCAACUGAAUUAUUGCAAUAUCGUAGUGAUCAUGUUUCUGUAAAGUUGAUAAUAAUACCUGACGUGAUCUAUGACGAAACCCAUGAUAAAAUAGAUGAAGCAUUAGAUUAUUUUUCUAAAUGUGCUUAUUUAUAUCCUGUUACAAUGCAAGAAGAUACCAAUUUAGAUGCUACUAAGUAA